UUGCGAAAAAAUUCCAUUCAUGGCCAUUGAGAAUGAAGGAUCGACUGAAAGGAUAAAUGGAAUAUACCGCUAUGUAUUGUGUCUUUAUGGUUACCUUAUUAAUAGCCAAAAGGCACUGGUAACUCUUAAAGACAUUCAAGUUUUCUUUGCCAUUCUCAUACCAGAUGGAGAGACUCCAGAUAAAUGUGAAGAAAAGUCAUAUUUACAAAUUUAUACGAAUGGUACUGGAGAGAGAAAGAAAGCCAUCCAAGCUAUCCAAGAAAAUAAUUUCGAAACUGCUUCAGAUGAUUUAUACUCAUUCCACCGAAAGUCUACAAUAAACAAAUAUAUACGUAAGAAAGCUCUUUUACGAGAUCGCACUCUUAUCCUUACAUGGGAUAUAAAAACAUAUGCCUCACAAAUAGGAGAAUUUGCAGAAGUUCUUGAAGAGAAAAACAAGGUCUUUAUAAUUGAUAUGACAUUACAUUGGAAAGAUGAUCCAAAACCAUUAAAACAAAUCUCUUUCACUCUCUGCUGGCAAGCAUUUGCCCCUGACAUUCAAGUUGGAUUUAAUGAUUCUGACUAUGAUUGGCAUUUUAUUAUAGAGAAAGCAUAUCAUCUCAAUAUACUCAAAUGGAUGUGGGAGCGAAUGACAGGAAAGUUCGAAACAAAGGAAGAAAUCCUAAAGUGGAAAUAUC